AUGAUAAAAUCAUAUAUUAUUUUUGUUAGCAUCAUUAUUUUUAUCAACUUUGCCUUUAGCACUUCAGCUGAUACAUGUGACACUCAAUCAAACAAAGACUGUAAAUCAUGUUUGAAUAUAUCAGGUUGUGCUUAUUGUAAAAAUAAUAAGCAAUGUUUUCCAUAUAAACUUGGACAAACAACUCCUUGUUCAACGUCUGAUUUACAAACAGUAACAUGUAUAGCUACUGUUAAAACAUGGAUUAUUAUUCUUGGUUCAGUUGGUGGUGUUGUUUUAAUUAUUGUAUUGAUUAUUAUAUGGUGUAUUUGUAGAAAAUGUAAACAACGUUCAAUAUUAUCAGACAUAAAAAGACAAAAUGAAAAUGAUCAACGAAUGGAAGAACGACGAGCUGCAGCUGAAGUUCGAUCAACUGAACGAAAUCGAGUAGCUGAUCAAAUUCGUAUGAAAUAUGGUCUUCUUAAAGAGAAAGAGAAUGGUAAUGACUAUCAACGAAUGAGUUAA